UUCUCUUCCUAACUUAUUAGCUUUGCCUUUUCUCUAUUACUGCUAGUGGUAUUCAGGCGUAGCUAUCAAUGAAUGAAAUAUGAAAGAAAGGGUGGUUCCCCGCCGCUAGGUUUUUUUCUCCGCUAUCGAUAUUGUCGAGGAGCGGCCGUCUUCCUACAUAGUUGGGAUUUUUUUGUUCCGGCGAGCUUUGCUCGUGCGACUUGGAUUCUCGUUGAACGAGAGCUUUGUGUGAUUUUCUUUUUGGGGUGCGGCUUGGACUUUUGUGGACGAAGAACACAAGACAACAUGAUAGAGUUUUCUUUUGCAUCUCGGGCAUGGAUUUCAAUGGGAAAUCUCGAGCAAAUUGGCAAGAGCAAAUUGACGAACGCAAGAAAAAUAAGGUUUCAGAUGAUUUUUUCGGGGGUUGAAAUUCUCUUUUACCAUACUACAGCGGUUCGCCCUCCUCCGGAACCACCUCCGUGCGAGGCAGCAGUUUGGGGGAAGUUCUUAUUUUCGUAUUAUUUUGUGGACGAAGAACUCUUGAUAGAUAGUGUUUCAUUCCCGAUCGUUUUAGGCUUCUUCUUGCCCGUUUUGUGUCUAACGAGUCAGAUUGCUUUGUAUGGAUGACUGACUCUAAGUUUAUUUCUGGGGCUUACAAUCGGAUCUGUAAUUGCUGUCUGAAUUUUAUCUUGCAUGAUUGCUCUAUAUUAAUGAAAAGCCCUUUUGAUGUUAAAA